AUACCCGAAGCUCACGCGCGUGAAAGGGAAAUUGACAUCUGAAGGGCUCCCGCAGCCAAGAACGUUUUAACUGGAGGGUUAUCAACAGGCGACUCUGUCUGGAGAUUUCUCCGCAGCUCGUGGCAACGCCUGCGCCACCUGAGCUCAGGGAAGGGAGGCGAGCAAGGUGCCUGGUUGACCUGCUGGCCCCGGGCUUGGGGCUGCUGUGGGAAUGACCCGUGCGUGCAGGAAAGGUGCCCCCCCACUCCGCCCCGCUAGCGCAGGUUCUCGCUCGGCCCCUGCCGCGAACCUGUGCUCGGUGUGGGCAUUUGCAGCCCCACAGAGUGGGGUGCGCCAGGGGGUUUCCAUCCUUCCAGAAUGCUCCAUUUUCACCCUUCCCAAGCCAAACUUGAGCACACCUCUUCUGUAUGAGAGAAUAGACCAGAUCUCUGGAGUCUCUUAAUACCUUUUUGCGUUCAUAUUUAUCUAAUUUAUUUUAAUGAACUAUAUAUGUUAGUAAAUGACGGUUCCUGAGGAUGCCUGCGGUAUAAAACCCUAAUCACUGUCCUCGUCUGACUGCGAAGCAGGGUUUAGAACCGCUGAAUGACUUCCUAGGCUCUGGGUUGGAGUAUUCUUGCAGACCGUCACUCCUUCCUUUCCUUCAGCAACUCCCAAGAAUCUGGAGGGCGGUGGGGAGAGCGGAAGAGAGUUGGAUUUCAACUUGAAGCCAGAGCUUGGAAUACAAGGUGGAAGUUAAAAGCAAAGAGUGAAGAUUUGGAGUCUGUCUAGCUUAUAUUAUACCCACUUUAAAGCUGGCCUUUUAUUUUUGGAGGUGGGGGUGGGAAGCGGGAAGAUCUGGGACUGGGAGCCCUCUCUUCCAGCUCCACCGGAGAGGGGCUGGUGCUUCUUGGCCGCUGGUUACCGCUGGUGCCACAGCCAAGCAGUGACAGGGAGUUUAAGUCUCUGUUGGCUGUUCUCCUAGUCCCCAAGAGUUGAACCGGAGAGCCUUUUACUUUGCACCAGGUCGAGAACGUGAUUAGCCCUUUAGGGAAGGAACCUCCUUGUAACAGGAAUUCUACUGGGAAGCGCCUCGCCGCCACUACCUCUGAGAUAAGAUGCGUGUUUGGAGCUGUGUAGCAAGCCCACCGGCUGCUUGAAAGGAGGAAAAGGUGCCUAGGGCUGCAAAUUAACCUGAGUAUCACUUACAAGUAUUGUGCCUAGUCAAAUGUAUGUAAGCGAAGAGGAGAGCACCCGGGUAUAAAACUGCCACGGCAGCUUGGAAGACAGAUGAUUCAGAUUUGGGGACUUUGUUUUGCGUGUUACUUAGAUUUGUUUAUCAUCACGCAGUUAAGCAGGUGUUGAGGGAAAGCUAAGAGAAUGAAGGCUCUAAAUCUGCAGUGGAAGCAUGAUAUGGCGAAGCAGAGCUGGUGCUGAAUUGUUCUCUCUGAUGGCUCUAUGGGAGUGGAUAGCACUGAGUCUUCAUUGCUGGGUUUUAGCGGUUGCUGCUGUUUCGGAUCAGCAUGCCACAAGCCCCUUCGACUGGCUCCUCUCUGAUAAGGGACCCUUCCAUCGCUCACAGGAAUACACAGAUUUUGUGGACAGAAGCCGGCAGGGAUUUAGCACAAGAUACAAGAUAUACAGGGAGUUUGGCCGCUGGAAAGUAAAUAACCUUGCAGUUGAGAGAAGAAAUUUCCUUGGCUCUCCUCUGCCUCUUGCCCCUGAAUUCUUCCGCAACAUAAGACUUUUGGGACGACGACCUACCCUUCAGCAAAUCACAGAAAACCUUAUCAAGAAAUAUGGGACACAUUUCUUGCUAUCUGCUACUCUGGGAGGAGAGGAGUCACUCACAAUUUUUGUGGACAAGCGGAAGUUGAGCAGACGAGCUGAAGGAAGUGAUUCCAGCACCAACAGCUCUUCCGUCACUCUGGAGACCCUGCAUCAGCUAGCGGCCUCUUAUUUCAUCGACAGGGACAGCACGCUUCGGAGACUGCACCACAUUCAAAUUGCAUCCACUGCCAUAAAGGUAACAGAAACACGGACUGGUCCUCUUGGCUGCAGUAACUAUGACAACCUAGAUUCUGUCAGUUCUGUUCUGGUUCAGAGUCCUGAGAAUAAGAUUCAGUUGCAAGGGCUUCAAGUGCUUCUACCAGACUAUCUUCAGGAACGUUUUGUACAAGCAGCUUUGAGUUACAUUGCUUGCAAUUCAGAAGGAGAGUUUAUCUGCAAGGAAAAUGACUGCUGGUGUCACUGUGGUCCCAAAUUUCCAGAAUGCAACUGCCCCUCCAUGGACAUUCAAGCCAUGGAAGAGAAUCUUCUUCGAAUAACUGAAACCUGGAAAGCCUACAACAGUGACUUUGAGGAAUCAGAUGAAUUCAAGUUAUUUAUGAAAAGGCUACCUAUGAAUUAUUUCCUCAACACAUCUACUAUAAUGCAUUUGUGGACAAUGGAUUCUAAUUUUCAGCGCCGUUAUGAACAACUGGAGAACAGCAUGAAACAACUUUUCCUAAAGGCACAGAAAAUUGUACACAAGCUUUUUAGCCUUAGCAAGAGGUGUCAUAAACAGCCCCUCAUCAGUCUGCCAAGACAAAGAACCUCAACCUACUGGCUUACUCGCAUCCAGUCUUUUCUCUACUGCAAUGAGAACGGCCUGCUGGGCAGCUUUUCAGAAGAGACGCACUCGUGCACGUGUCCCAACGACCAGGUGGUCUGCACCGCGUUCCUGCCCUGCACGGUGGGAGACGCCUCUGCUUGCCUGACAUGCGCUCCAGACAACCGCACCCGUUGCGGCACCUGCAACACGGGCUACAUGCUCAGCCAGGGUCUCUGCAAGCCUGAAGUCGCCGAGUCUACCGAUCACUAUAUCGGCUUUGAAACUGACCUGCAAGAUCUCGAGAUGAAAUACCUGCUGCAGAAGAUGGACAGACGAAUAGAAGUCCAUGCCAUUUUUAUCAGCAAUGACAUGCGCCUCAAUAGCUGGUUUGAUCCUUCCUGGCGUAAGCGGAUGCUCCUCACCUUGAAGAGUAAUAAGUACAAGUCAAGUCUGGUCCAUAUGAUUUUGGGUCUCUCUUUACAGAUUUGCUUAACUAAAAACAGCACCUUGGAGCCAGUGUUGGCCGUUUACAUCAACCCCUUCGGAGGCAGCCACUCUGAGAGCUGGUUUAUGCCCGUGAAUGAAAACAGCUUUCCCGACUGGGAGCGGACUAAGUUGGACCUCCCCUUGCAGUGUUAUAACUGGACAUUAACUCUGGGGAACAAAUGGAAGACAUUUUUUGAGACAGUACACAUCUACCUGCGGAGUCGCAUCAAGUCCAAUGGCCCCAAUGGCAAUGAGAGCAUUUACUAUGAACCUCUGGAGUUUAUUGACCCAUCCCGGAACCUGGGCUAUAUGAAAAUCAAUAACAUUCAAGUGUUUGGCUACAGCAUGCACUUUGACCCUGAAGCAAUUCGGGACCUGAUUCUGCAGCUGGACUACCCCUAUACUCAGGGAUCCCAGGACUCCGCACUUUUGCAACUACUAGAGAUCAGAGACCGUGUAAAUAAACUCUCCCCACCUGGUCAGCGUCGUCUAGAUCUUUUCUCUUGCUUGCUUCGUCAUAGACUCAAGCUGUCUACUAGUGAGGUGGUGAGGAUCCAAUCUGCUCUGCAGGCGUUUAAUGCCAAAUUGCCAAACACAAUGGAUUAUGACACAACCAAAUUAUGUAGUUAACCAUAAAUGUCAAGCACAACCCAGAAUCUUGAAGGAGUUUUUACAGUGCUUUUUGUGGAACAGUUUAUGUUUGGAAGAGUAAAUUUAAAUUGUCUUUUCAAUAUCUGUCUUAUAUCAGUCAAUAACAUUGGAUGGCAAUUUACACACAUGAACUUGCUGACAAUGAAUAUACUAUACUGCAGUUUUGGUUUAUGAAUGAAAUAAAUACUGACACCAGUCUAGAAGACAUUCUACUUUUUACAAUAAAUUUCAUUUGUAAUUUUA